AUUUGAUUGUUCUACUCCCGCAAGUUCCAGGAAAGAAUUUUAGAACUCAGGGCCAAAAAUGCUGAGACUGCUUGCUCACAAACUAGCUUCAUCACUGCUGCAGAACACAGCCACAUCUUCUUCUUCCGUUUUACUUCUCCAUUCUGUCCCCUACAAAACAUUUUCUUCUGUCACUAAAACUCGACGCCUUAACCAACUCCUAAACUCUCCUCCUACGCACCCAUUUCACCGCUGCAUUCCCCUUCCAUGGCGAUCACAGCACACUCUUGCAGGGGCAAUAGACCGGUUUCUAUCGAUCCCAGUGGUUGCCAACCGGCUCUUGACGAAUUUCUCAAUUACCCAUUUCAGAAUCUUAAGCAGAAGUAUCAGUGAUUGCAGAGUAUGGUUUCUUCAACAGCGUCCUGAUUUUAGCCGGAAUUUUAGAUAUCAGAACAGUGGCUGGAGAUCAUCAUGGUUCCAGCAGCUAACAGCUAAUGACAUGGUUUUGGGCUUGCUUGUAUCUAAUGUUGCUGUUUUCCUGUUGUGGCGGAUUGCAGAUCAGAAAUUUAUGAUGAAUAAUUUUACUAUUUCAGUUGAAAAUUUUAAAAGUGGACGUUUGCAUACGCUGAUAACUUCUGCUUUCAGUCACAUUGACAUUGAGCAUAUUGUCUCUAAUAUGAUUGGACUUUAUUUCUUUGGGAUAAGUAUACUGGAUAAAUCUUCACCUAUGAGUGGCAGGUGUGGUCCAUUGGAAUCAUUGGUACUCAAAUGGAAGUGGUGCACAAUGCUAUUAUUGAUAUUAUUCAUGCAAUUUAAACAUGCCAAAUUUCAUUUGUUUCUUUCUAAUGCAACUUCACUGUUUUUCCUUUUCCUCUUAACAGAUUGGAAACACCUUUGGACCUCAAUAUUUGCUCAAGUUAUAUCUGGCUGGGGCAAUUGGAGGAUCAGUGUUCUACUUGGUGCACCAUGCAUAUUUGGCUUUAGCAUCAAAGGUGAAGGAAAGAACUGCAUAUCUGCUAUGCUACUACUAUCAAACUUCAGGAAAUAGUAUGCUAUCUAGCUGCAUGUAUCAAAUAUUGGAGGAACCUCUAAACUUCUUCACUAGUGGCAAUAUCCCUUACAGUUUUUUGGAGGCAAAUCAGCCCCUCAAUUCAUGAAAUUUUGGGAAUACACACAGAUUGGACUCAACAGUCACGUGCUGUAUGUGACAGUGAGUGCAGCAUUUACCUUUAUGUUACCAUGGUGAUUUUUUUCCUGGCAUUGUGGUCUUUAUGUGGGAAGAAUCCUGUGAUUUUCAAGGGCAAGAGUUUGGUUUUUUACUUGAGGGUGAGAUUCUCCUGGCACAAAGACUGCCACAUAGAGAAGAGAAAAAAAAAACUCCACAUUAGCAAGAGGUAAACAGGGAGCACUGCUAUUAAAAGAGAAAAAGAAAAAAGGAAAAAAAGGAAGCACUAACAUUCACAUGCUGCAUGUGACUGUUGCCACCAAAUUUAGGUGGACUUUUGCAAGUUGAGAAGUUGAGAGGCUGGUUUACCAUCAAGAAGACUAUAAGAGCUCAAUUGCCAAUAGUGAGUAAAGUUUAAGGGCUUGUUUGGAGCCUUUUCCUUAAAUAUUUAUACUCUUUUGGUGUAAUCUUUUCGCUCAUAUAUGCUAUCUUCCUGUGAUCUGAUUAAAGGUUUUCUAAUUGA